AUGCAUCCCGGUCAAAAUAUAAUACAAGGUUCAGGACAUUUUGUCAUGUCUGGCCCUACAGGCCAAAUGCAGAUUGUGAGUGCUGGACAAAACAACAAUAUGAUUGCUGCACCACAAGUGAUAUCAGCUCAAGGGGGUCAGAUUAUGCUUUCUGGUGCUGUACAGGGUCAGACGUAUGUAAUGCCACAAAAUGCACUGCUUCCAGGACAAGGUCAAACAUUGUUUGUGACGCAAACACCACAACAACAGGGCACUUGUUCAAAAACUAUUAUCAUUCUGCAGCCGCAGAUGACCACUGCUGGUCAAAAAGUUGUGAUGACGCCUCAGGGGCAACAAGUGGUAAUGACCAAAACAGCACAUGUGCAGAAUGUGCAAAUACCAAUUGAACAAAAAUUUGUACCAGUUAGUGUGGCAGAUACAGCAAAUGGGGUGAUUGUAAACGAUACCAAAGAUGGCAUUAUAAAAAUAGAAAAUCGGGCACAAACACCGGAUGCAUCAAAUAUUAAUACUGCUAAUAAAAUUCAAAAUAAACCGAAAUCAGAAGAAGAAGAGAGUUUGGCUAGUUGGCCAUGGGUAUGCGAUUGGGCAGGUUGUACAAAAAGGAAAUUCAAUACUGCAAAUCAAGUUUACAGGCAUGUAUGUGAUGUGCAUUGCCCACAAGGUAAUGUAGAAGCUUUGUGUCAGUGGGGAUCUUGUGACAAUUUAUUGCGAAGAAGGUUUUCUCUAAUGACACAUAUGUAUGAUAAGCAUUGUAGUGCUGAAAUGCUUAAAGCUUCUGUUUUAAAACGUAAACAGCAACCAAAUCAACCAGUAGUGGCUAAAGUGAAUUGUGCACCUCCCCCACAACCAGCAGUUAUGUCUUCAAAUUUUCCAGCUUAUGCGCCUAAUGCAGCAAUGCAUGCCAUCAAAAGACAUGCAUUGGAAUAUGUUAAUCCCAAAGAAUUAUUACAUGGCGGGCCAUCUACCAGUGCACGAAGCUUUGCAGCAAGUUCUGAGACUCUGGACAGUAAUGAAGGACCAGUCACUAAGAGCAUACGCUUGACUGCUUCUUUGAUUUUAAGGAACAUUGUUAUAUACUCAAGGACUGGUAGAAGAUAUCUAAGGUACUAUGAGCCACAUUUAGCAAGUGUAGCCUUAAGCAAUGUGGAAUCUUCAAGGACUAUAGCACAAGUACUGUAUGACUUAAAUGAUGCACAGUCUCCUAAUGCGAGGUGA